CUUUCGCGUUACGCACUUCCCGCGUGUCCAAGUGUGUGACGGCUGGCAGCGGCUGACAGGUCGACGUUGAAGAUUUUCCGCGAAAUUCGUCCUUGCGAACGUCGUAGACGCCCGCGAAGCCGCACUGAUUUCCACGGACGCAUCCGCCGAUACACCCGACGUCGCUCCCACGGGGAUUCCGUCAGCCGAUCGUCCGAAGCGGUCGACGUCCAAAUAAGACGCACCUAACCUCGAAGAAAGUAAUACCGACGUACACGGUCAUGACGUCCGGCACAUCGUGAAUGUGGCUGCUCUCUUGGGCUUUAUCGUCGUGAGGCACGACGCGAGUAGCGGCCGCAUCACGCGGAAGAGGCACAUCCGGCGUGCUUCCUUCCGGAGCAGCGAACGUCGUGGCUUGGGCGGACACGGACGCGGACGGCUGGAAGGAGAGGAGCGCUCCUCGAGGAGUCGGCGCCUCGUUAGUGCAUUAAUGGCCGGCUAAAGAGCGUACGCGACACGGGCCGACUAAUGGUAGCGCGUGAACCGACAAUCGUGAGCACUUUCGGCUUUCGAGUAGCCCCCCCGCUGCGCCUCGCUACGCGAUGUACUUUCUGUCUACUUCGGACGCACCCCCUGCGAUAUCCGCAAAGUAGAUCCGCCGAUUGUAUAAUGAGCCAGCUGAGAGAAAGCUGUGUGCGACGCGAUUGAAGUUGACGCCAAGGGUGGACGUUCUCCGAGUGAUUCAAGAUGCGACAGUGUUGCGUGAACCAUCAGGUCUUGCAAUGGCUUCUUUGCCUGGUCCUGGGCGCUGCGUACAGCCGCGCGGAUAUCCUGGUGUUCUCCGCGGAGGCGAGACACCAGAUCGAGGAGGAGUUUCGAGACAUGCCCGCCAAGUUCGGAGGUUCAAUACCGGCCGAUGGGAUUAAAGGCAUGGUGGUCUAUUCCGACCCUCCUAAUGCGUGCCAUGAGAUACAGGGUCCGCCAACUAAUAUCAGUAACAAUAGUAAUUGGAUAGUUUUAAUACGACGUUACAACUGUAGCUUUGAGAUAAAAGUUCGAAUGGCGCAGAGAGCUGGAUACGAUGCUGCUAUUAUACACAAUGUCAACAGCAAUGAAUUGGAGCCCAUGUCAGCCAAGAAUACCAUAGGAAUUGCGAUACCGUCUGUGUUUGUCAGUGACGUCACGGGAAUAGUCAUCAAGGAAAAUUAUUUAUACAACCAGCAGUAUUUUGUAUUAAUUAACGAUGAUCUGCCGUUCAAUAUUAAUACACACCUGCUCCUACCUUUUGCCAUUGUUGUUGGGAUAUGUUUUCUAGUCAUGCUUAUUUUUAUGGCUGUGCAGAUUGUCAGAUGCAUAAAGGACAGAAGACGACAACGGCGGCAUAGGCUACCUAGUUCCAGCUUGAAGAAGAUCCCGACACACAAGUACACAAAGGGCGAUCCGUACGAGACAUGUGCUAUUUGCUUGGACGAUUAUGUGGAGGGAGAGAAAUUGCGAGUUUUACCGUGUGCACAUGCUUAUCAUUCAAAGUGUAUCGACCCAUGGUUGACGAAAAAUCGAAGAGUAUGCCCCGUCUGCAAGAGAAAGGUUUUUACGGCUGAUGAGCAGGUGGUGACCGACGAGAGUGAUUCAGACGCCGAUGACACGACACCUCUGAUUCGCGACGGUCAUCACGGCACGCAAGGCGGAACGUUCGCGCGACAGAGGGAGAAUCCCUUCAACAGGGCCAGGAGAUCCCAGAACAGGCAGGAUAGUAACUCUAGCGUUAAUAGCUCCGAUUCCGAACAGUCCUUUGCUACCGACGACCGGGUUAGUACGAGCGCCGGUGAACCAUCCAGCGGCACCGCUUUUAUGGUAUCCGAUACCCACAGCAUAAACGGCGAGCCACAGGAACUGGAACGCUCGGUCAGCGAUAACAAUUUAUACGCUGACGUUCAAGAGUACCCGACGCCUGUUAUACAAAUCGGACCGGCACGAAACACGAGGGCUGCGCUAAACUCCACGACGUCGGAUCCCGAUUACACGAUCGUAAUGCCGACCGCCAAUGCCAGCAGGAACGACGUUGUUACGUAAUGGCAACAGCAUCACCUGCGACCGUCGCAUUGCACGUUACAGGCCGUGCGUGUCUUGCCGGGUCGGUGGACGUUAAAUAGAAGUGACAAGCACACAAUGAGGAUGGAUAAUCCGAAAGUAGGUAGUAUUUUUAACGUACGCGAGUCACCAUAUUUCUUCUCUCAAAUAACGCUAUUACGACUUUGCUUUAAUGCCAAAUAUUUCUUCACGCUGAUGUGUAAUACGUUGCGUCUGGUGUAACAACGCAUACCCGGCGAAUUUACGCGUUAUGUCGCAUCAGCGUUUCUUGUUUUUUGUUUUCCGUGUUUCGUCCUGCGACGAAUGAUGCAUACAGUGACUGUUACGUGUUACGAAUCGUCGAUGAUCUUUCUCUUUUAUUGUCGCGAUCGCGACAAUAAAAUCUUUCGAGAUCUUUCGAGAAAAACAUCCAUCUUUUGUUUUAAAAUCGAACCGCGAGAUAUGAAAACGAGCAUACUGCGAUGAGAUAGAGCGAAUCGAUGUGUUGUUUAACACAUCGAUUCGGCUUAAAAGGUCAAUCAGUGAUGGUACGUCACUGCUCGAUUUUUCAUCCAAACACCUGAUCGAAACCGUUUUCAGUUAUUACGUAGGUAAGACUGCGAGCACUAGUUCACCGUUUAAAGACCUAUGUUAUUUUGUAUACUUAGCUUAAGAACCACACGGCCUAUUUGAUUUUUGCGCUUCACAAAGUUGAAAGUUUACUUGAGAUUAUGUUUUCCUUUCUUUUCUUUUCUUUUCUUCGUCGUUUAGUUACAAAACCGCAUUAAGCACGAUAUAGGAUGCAUAGACCUAUGAGUCAGUUUUACAGCGAUUACGUUUGCGCGGCAUGUGACGAGCGCUGGGUGAUAUCGCAAAGUGUGUGUGACGAACGUGACUUUGUUGGCUACAUAUAUCGGCUCUGUAAAUAUUAUUUGUUAAUAUAUAUAACAAUCAAGAGACCAAAAAUCUACACAGAAUUCCUCUCGAGUGCAGGACGUAGGAUAUCUUAAGGCGCAAUCGUUCGUUGCUGCAGCGGAUGGCCGCACCGAGAUGUGAAUGUUUUAGGUAUAAGUACUCGCAAGUUUAGACACUAAGUUGAUCAAGUUGAAUCUUUAGUGUUAAGUUUUACGAAAGGUUUACUGUUAUAUCCAAAGUAUACUAUUGAACUACUACUAUAUACUACUACCACUGUGUACCGUUUUAUAUAUAUAUAAAAAAAAAGGUAGAAUAGUACUUAUAAAAUGGGCUGUAUACAAUACGCGACGUGUCGACAAUUAUCGUACGUAAAUUUCGCUGUCAGUGAGUGACAUUUCCAUUCGACUUUUAAUCGUGACAGAACAACGCCGAAGGGACUACGAAGUUGGCACGAAGUUUUAACGAAAAGCGAUCGCACACAUCAUCUCAAUCAAACAAACUCAGCCAUCGGCGCUGACGCUCAUGGCUCCGUUCGUACCUUAUCGUAAAGUGCAUAGAUCUGCUCGUCCGAAGACAUUGAUGAGAGCCGCGAGAACAUAUCGAACGGCGAACGGCGAACGGCGAACCUUGUUGCUCAUAACUCUAGACACACGUGAGCAUGCAUGCAAUUUAAUUUCGCGAAAAAUGGAAGUAUAAUGCUUCGACACAUCAGAUGUAUGAAGAGCAACGCGCAGGGCGACGGCUAAACAUGGUAGGAUUGCGUGUAAAAAGAUAUGUAAAUAGCAUCGCGGAGGAUUCUAUUGUAUAAGCGCGGUACGCGAAAAAUAUUUUUAUUUGUUUUUAUAAUCGUCAAAUCGGGACACAAGUAUUUGCUAUUAUCUUAUCGUUUAACAAUAGAUGUAACACUAAUAAAAAUAAAACGUAUUUAUA